AUGGUUGCUGCCCUCUUUGUUUCUGGUGUCACCUUUUUGGCUUAUCAGCUCAGGAUUCACUUGGAAGGGGAAAUAUAUUUAUUUUUAGGUAUUGUUUCACGAUCUGGUACAUUAACGUAUGAAGCAGUUCACCAGACGACACAGGUUGGCCUGGGCCAGUCUCUCUGUGUUGGUAUUGGUGGAGAUCCUUUCAAUGGAACGGACUUCAUUGAUUGCCUUGAUGUCUUCCUGAAGGACCCGAAAACAGAAGGCAUUAUUCUCAUUGGAGAGAUUGGCGGAAAUGCAGAGGAGAACGCAGCAGACUUUUUGAAACAGUACAACACGGGGCCCAACGCCAAGCCGGUGGUCUCAUUCAUUGCUGGUCUUACUGCGCCACCGGGUCGGAGAAUGGGUCACGCCGGUGCCAUCAUUGCUGGAGGUAAAGGUGGAGCCAAGGAAAAGAUUGCUGCCCUUCAGCAGGCUGGUGUGCUCAUCAGCAUGUCCCCUGCCCAGCUGGGCAGCACCAUACAGAAGGAGUUUGAGAAGAGGAAGCUGCUGUAAAUAUCCCACAAAAAAAAAGUAUUUUUAACAAGAGAAAGAAAUGUCUUGCACAGUUCAGUGCCAUGGAUCAUCCAUCUCACUGUUUCAAUCAUCUGGAUAAAAUUGACUGAAUCCAUAUUAAAACAGAGCAGAGCCAUAUACAUAUGUUUUGUCUAUUUUGUUUGAAUGUGUACACUAGAUGAAGCACCCACAAAGAAAAUAAAUAGUUUCAAAAAACAAA